GAGAGUGGCAAUCAACAGCCGAGAGUCCUGCAUCACCCAGAGAACGUCGGAAACAUGACCCUGAUUAACGUCAGCACCGCACACUCAAGGAGCGGAAGCGGAGUCACCGCGAACGAGGACCAGACAAAGAACCUUGAGGAACCCCCGUACUUAGAGUACAACCUGCGCCUCAUCCAUUUAAUCGGAAUAUGGCGGGAGAAGGGGCCCUUCGGCCUGCCAUUUCUGCGCCUCUCGCCCUACUGCAUCUACAUCUUCGGCAUCUACUGCAUCGUGCUCACGGGCAGCGUGCUUCAGCUGCUGCAGAGCUACGACAAUCUUGAGCGCCGCUUCAAGCGCCUGCUCUACCUCAUCAAGCACAACUUCGAGAGCCCGCGCCAGCGCGCCAACCCGCGCCACCACGCGCUGCUCGUGCAGCGGGACCGCGAGAACAAACUGCUCACCUACAUAUUCGGGGUGUUCGUCGUCACCACGGCCACCUUCAUCAACGUCUUCCCCAUGGCCGAGUGGUACUUCUACCAGGAGCCCUUCCCUGAGCUCGCCGCCAACGGCACCAGC